AUGGACAAGAGACUCUGGGGUGAUGUGGGGCCACUGGGGCCCACAGGGCGGGAGGGUCCAUGGGGGACCUUGGGGCAAAAUGGGGAGAAGGGACCAAAAGGAGAGAAGGGCCACAUCGGACUUAUGAGUCAGUCAGGAUUCAUGGGAGAAAUAGGACCUGCAGGCUUGUCAGGGCUACAGGGUAUUAUGGGCCCUAGGGGGCCUCCAGGGCCUGAUGGACCUCAAGGAGAGAAGGGGGAGUCUGGGCCUAGCAGAGCCAUCGGACCUCAAGGCAAAACAGGACCUCCGGGGGUGGCUGGACUUCAAGGAGUCAGAGGUGACAGAGGGAAGCCAGGACCACAGGGUCCAGUAGGGAAGGUUGGGACUGAGGGAGACUUGGGCCAUAAAGGUGAGCCAGGACUAGAUGGAGAGAAAGGGGAGCCAGGGGGACCGGGCGAGCCAGGAGAACAGGGGGUUGACGGUCUGCCAGGCAUCAGAGGGCCCCCAGCACUUCUUGGUUUGGAGGGGCCACAGGGUGAGGUGGGAGCCCAGGGGCCAGAAGGUCCCCUAGGGGCAUUGGGUGUCAGGGGAAACCCAGGACCUGAGGGAAAACAGGGACUGAAAGGAGAGAAGGGAGAUGACGGCAGAGAUGGAUCACCUGGAAAGACAGGUCACAUCGGAAGGAGUGGGAAAAGAGGCAAGGCUGGAAUCAGGGGCACAAGAGGAGAGAGAGGACCAAAGGGAGAGAGGGGACAUGUGGGAUUGACUGGUGUUCCAGGAUGGGUGGGGUCUAUAGGAAUCCCAGGCUUGGGAGGAGACAGGGGGGAUCAGGGUGAAAAAGGGAGUGAGGGAGAAAAGGGGAACAUAGGGCCGCUCGGUCUGCCAGGGCGUGAUGGCCUAAAGGGUAGUCUGGGUCCUGUUGGGGUGCCAGGACAGGUGGGCCCAAAGGGAGAUCAGGGGAAUAUUGGACCGUCUGGGCCAAGAGGAACACCUGGGAUGCCAGGACUACCUGGUUUGUUUGGCGAGAAGGGUUUGAAAGGCUUUGAGGGAUUUCCUGGGCAACCUGGGACAAGGGGCCUGCCGGGGGCACCUGGACUCCCAGGACUUCCAGGACCCUCAUUAAACAUGACCCUUGCUCAACUCAAGGACCUUCAGUACCUGUCAGAUAAGCCCAACUACCCCCUGAUCCAGACCCUGCUGGAUUCUCUGCACCAGGACCUGAGGCUGCUGGUAGACCCCCCUGAUGGCAGCAAGGAGCACCCUUCCACCACCUGCAUGGAGCUGUGGCUCUGCCACCCCGACUACGCCAGCGGGAUGUAUUAUAUUGACCCCAACCAGGGCAGCCCCAAUGAUGCUCUCCUAGUCUACUGCAACUUCUCUGGCACACCGGCACAGACCUGCCUUCACCCCCGAGACGCCCAGAUGACCAUGAAGGCCUGGCUAAAGGAUUCAGAGACAAACAGCUCGUUCCAAUGGCUCAGCAAGCAGGAACAAGGAUUUCAGUUCUAUUACCCAGGUGCCAAUGUGGUUCAGAUGCGUUUCCUGAGGUUGCAGAGUUGGAAAGCCGUGCAAAGGAUCAUCUACUCAUGCCACCCGGGACACAGGCUGGGUCACACAGACAGAGAGGUCAAGUUCCUGGCAGACACAAGGAGGCAGAGUUUCUUGGGAGCACUUAAAGACUGCAUGCCUGGAGAAGAGGUGGAUUCGCUGGAGCCGCGGGAGUCUGUGUUUGAAUUUGAGGACCUCAACCUGCUUCCUGUGAGAGAUGUGGCUGUCUUCGGGGGUGGAAACUUCACACAUGAAUUUGGCUUCACCGUCGGGCCCAUCUGUUUCAGCUAGAGAGGGAGAGAGGGGGCCCUUAUUGCUCCUUUUCCACUUGCUUGGACUCACAGAGCCAGGAUAAGAGCCUGUGUUCAGGACCCCAAUACAUCUAGAGAACAAGAGGACAAAGGGAAUCGCUCUACCAUUUUGUGAGGGCAUCACUCCUCUUUCCAUGUGAUAUAUUUGUUGGAGAACAUCGAUCAAUUCUCUUGUCGACUGGCUCCACAUAAAUUACUCUUUGAGAGGGCAUCAACUUCCACAGGCUCAAAUUCUUUCGGACAAUUGUAUUUUUUGUUUACAGAGACAUUGGUUGUGUAAUGAAUAAUUUAUAUAAUGUUGUUUUGAUUUCUAUAUGUAAUGGUUAUUUAGAAUUUUUUUCAAAAACAUUUUAGAACGAAAGUUUAUGAUGCUGUAAAGCCUUCCAUUACAGCCAACAACUUAUUUUGUAUACAGAUAUUUAAUCACUCUUUUGUUGCUGAUAAUUUUUCUGCACAGCAGGACAUGCAAACGUGUAGUGUAUUUGAAUUUUAAAAAGGCUAAAGUUUGUAAUUUCCAUUAGAAAAUGUCAGACUUUAUUUGCCGUAACAAAACAAAUGUAUCAACCCCUAAAAAAAAUGUCCAUUAAUUACAAUCCACAUAAUAAUUCACAUUUCCUGUUGAUGCAGGAUUAUUUUCCUGCUGUAGCAAACUGGCUCAAAUGAGACCCUACAUCUGUAUGAACAGUCCUAUGCUAGAAUGGUCUGUUUUUUAUCUGAUGCAGUGGAUUCAAGUGGUCAACAAUGUGUUUUAUUUGGACACGACUAAUGUUGUCUUAUGGGUCAUCACUGACCUUUCAAAAGGUGCUUACUGAGAAACCACUGCUUGUACUUGAGGAGGCCAAAAAACUUGCUGUUGAGUCGUUGAUCUUGUUUCUUUAGAUGAGAUAAGAACCAAUAGGUUCUAAAACCCUGAUCUCUUGGAAUGAACCUAUUCCCUCCCUUUUGGCAGUGAUUGGGGCAAGAAACCUUAUUUCAUUCAUGCUUGACAUGUUCUGUUACUGGCCUAUUUCUUAUUUGUAAAAAACGAUGUACCGCAUACUGUCAGUGCUUGUUUCAGCUCAUUCUUAUGGUACAGUCUCAGGUACAGUCUUGAUAUUCAACACAGACACUGAUGUGCACACUACGUGAUGUGUAUUAUUAAAAACAUAACUCUUUUGAUGUGUUUUAAAUCUGUUUUAGGUGUUCUAAUAAAGGGGCAUUAUGUUGGGCUGCUGGCUCUCCUGCUUUAGCACUGAGCAAUCGCUUUCCGAGUCCUCUCUUUGUUCAACAAAUUAAGAGCUGAGGCUCAAAGAAAAGCAGCAUACACUGUAGCUGCUCAGCAAAGCUAGGAUUGCUGAAGAGGUGGUUUCAUUGGCCUGUGUUCACAAAACAUUUUAGUGUAGGAGUGCUGAUCAAGGAUCAGUUUAGCCUAUUAGAUCAUAAAUAUAUGGAUUUGGGGACCUGAUCCUUCGAUCAGCCCUCCUACUCUGAGACUGUGAAUAUGGGCCAUUGAGAACAGUGCAUUUAAUAUUUUCAGACACAGAACAAUUCAGUGCUGUAGUGGUCUGUCUCUAUGCGUAACGGCCAACCAACGAACAGGGAAUUCAGGAAGGUCUCAGGGAGCGUUCAGUCUUAGCAUGCAGUAGCUUGCAUAAAGGAAUAUGUAUUAUGUUACAUCUUAUAAGUACUCAACCCCAAAUCAGUAGCCACCUUCCAUUACAAACUCCAGAAAGAACUUUCCAAG